AUGUUUCUUUUCUGGUUGUCACAUGUUCAGCCUGGUGGUUUUUCCUUGGAAAAUAAAACAAAGGAACCAUGUAUGAAAUGAUAUAUGGGUGGUAGGAGAACAGCCAUAAAAGGUGUAGACAUGUGCAGCGUGGUCAUUCUCCCCAGAGAUUUUAGCUAAUAAAGGGACGGUAUUUAUAGAAGGUCUUUUCGAUGCAUCGUGUUAAUCUGUAGCGAUCCGACUCCUGGACAUCACACACUCCAUCCUCACAGUGCAAGAGCGGCUCUGAACACUCCUAAAGAGCAAUGUCUACAGAACGAUUUGACUGCCAUUACUGCAAAGACUCGCUGCUUGGCAAAAAAUACAUCCUGAAAGAGGACACGCAAUACUGCACCAAGUGUUAUGAGAACCUCUUUGCUAACUGUUGUGAAGGUUGCUCCUUACCAAUCGGGUGCAACAACAAGGAUCUCUCCUACAAGGAUCGCCACUGGCAUGAGAACUGCUUUAAGUGCGGAAAAUGCGGACGCUCGUUAGCCGAGAAAGCGUUUGCUGCUAAAGAUGAACUUCUGCUCUGCACCGAGUGCUACUCCAACGAGUACUCAGCCAAGUGCACUAACUGCACAAAAACUAUCCUGCCAGGCUCGCGGAAAAUGGAGUACAAGGGGAACAGCUGGCACGAGACCUGCUUUCUGUGUCAGCGUUGCCAGCAGCCGAUAGGAACCAAGCCCUUCAUCCCCAAAGAUAACAGCUACUUCUGCGUCCCCUGUUUCGAGAAGCAGUUCGCCUAUCAGUGCUGCUCCUGCAAGAAAUCCAUUACUACUGGUGGAGUGACAUACAACGACAAGCCGUGGCACCGCGAGUGUUUCACCUGCAUCGGCUGUAAGAAACAGCUAGCAGGGCAGCGCUUCACCUCCCGAGAGAACUACCCCUACUGUCUGGAGUGCUUCAGCAACCUGUACGCCAAGAAGUGUGUCGGCUGCACCAAAGCUAUUACUAGUUUGGCAGGAGCGAAGUAUAUCUCGUUCGAGGAGCGUCAGUGGCACAGCGAGUGUUUCACAUGCAUGCAGUGCUCCGUGUCGCUCGUGGGCCGCGGUUUCCUCACACAGCGUGAUGACAUUCUGUGCACCGAUUGCGGACGUGAGAAGUGAAAGAAGAAAACAAAACACAGAUUUUGAUCAGUGACGUGUUCUCAUCUUAUUCUUAACACACUUUUGUCUGCAUGUCUUGGUUUAACCUAUACAGUUGAAUAAGCCUUGUUCGGACGGGAUUAGUUUUGGGGUCAUGUAAUUAUUACUGGUGUAACUUUUUUCUUUAUUAUUAUUUUUGUUCUGUCCAAAUCCACAUAGAAGUAUCAUUCCCUUAGGAUUAGGAUACUUUCCCAAGUCAUUUGAAAAAGAUUUCUACCAAAUUACGAUUAGAGGAAGGAGAUAAAGUUAGCGUUUAUAUCAUUUCUCGCAGCUUUGUUGGUGAAAUCCAAGCACAAUACUUAUUCAAACAGAAAUGCACAGUAUAAUGUGAUCAAUUCUAUCACUUCAUCAGCAAGUAAAGUUUAUUAGAUAAACAUUAGAUGAAGGAUGAAAUCUCAUCUCUAGUCUUUUCCUUAAAUUGGCUGUUUUUUUUUUAUUUUUAAAAAUAAUUCUAUGCUCACAUCUGGGUAAAAUUUAGCAUUUCUUUUUCUAAACAGAUUUACAGUAUAGUAAUUAUUAUUCAUAUUAAUUUUAUUAACUGGUUUAGGAGAUAAAAAAAAACUUACAUCAUGGAGAUUUAGGGAAGACCCUGUUGACCCUGAACCUGAAUAAUGUCCUCAGGUCAGUUUUAGUUAGAUUACUGUAAAGUUUAAACACAAAUAGCUUCACAAUGAUGGUAAUAGAAAUGAAUAUCUGGUGUUAUUUGUUCUAACUAUACUCAUAGAAAUAUUUAUGGUUUCUUUGCUUUCAUUAAGCAGCCAUGUCAGUAGUCUUUGGAUAUAUUUCCAUUAUUACAUCACAAGGACAGCCAGACAAUCAUUAUAAGCAUGUUCUGAAAGAUAGAUAUGAUUUGUAAUAGAUUUUAUUAUAUAAAAUAAACGCCUUCUAUUUUGUGUGAUUUCUCUAUCUGUACAAGAAUCCAAACACAUGAGCAUGUCUUUACCAUAUGUGACGUUUAGACAAAGUGCUCCUAAAGUAAAAAAAUAAAACAUGAUAGAGCGUGUGAUGGUGAUUAUUUUUUUC